AUGGCAGGCGUUGCUUCCCUCCUUCACCUCUUGCUGCUUGGAGCAGUACUUCUCCACAGCUGUAUCCCUGCACAGAGGACCCAAGUCCGUCGUCAUAAUGUGAGAGUCAAGAUCAACGCCACUGAGGACACAAUCAUCAUGAAGUUUGUGCGACCGAGUCCCGACUUGAAGCUGGAAGGUUACAUUCUGGGUUAUGGCAGCAGCGUCUCUUCCAGACAGUUCAUCGCAUUGCCCGAAAAUGGCGUACCCUACCAGGCCGAGAUGGAGGCAGAACCAAAGUACCUGGUGGCCGUGCAGCCUAUCCUUCCCAACGACGUGACCAAACACUGUACAGGAAAGGUGAACUUGGAUGAGCCACUCAAUCUGGUGAUUGGUCCAGUCAGCCCAACAGCAGUGCUGCUGUCCUGGGGAAAUCAUCUGAAAAGUUCCUAUGACAGAGACAUCCUCGAUGAUUGCCUGGAGGACGGUUACUACACCAUCCGCUACAGAGAGCGAAAUAGGAAGUGGAUCUACCAGACAUGCCCGACAAGAGACACAGUCAUCGACAACCUCACCCCUGACACGCCUUAUGAGUUUGGUGUCCGAUCCAACAAGGAUGACCGCACUGGUGGCUGGAGUAAAGCGAUGAUCCACAGUACUAAACUGGCAGGAUCUCUCAAUAAGAAAACAAACCUGCUCGGAAAGCCAAAUCAAUCUGAAAAGAAUAGCAACCAGAAACACACGGACAAAUUGGCAGUCCUCAAGCCCAAAGUCCCAGCCACCACUGUCAAACCAACCACUGCCAGGCCAGUCAAGUACGAACGAAAAUACAUGACAACUAUGUCACCCACAACCGCAGCCCCUCCGCACAAAUCAUGGGAAGACUCCGACUUGUUUCAGUCGCAGCCAGCUUCAGACGUUGACGCCAUGGGCAAAAAGCGUUACGUUGCACCUCACGUCAUCUACCAAACGGGCAAGAAAGCAGACGAGCCGUGUUCUAUUACUUCGUCCUUGAACUUCUUCCCUGAGGAUGUACGCAGGGACGCCAAUGUGACGACUGCACCCAAGUUGCCACCCACAAACCUUACUGUGUUUACGGUGGAGGGAUGUCCUUCCUUCAUCAUUCUGGACUGGGAGAAGACAAACAAUGAAACUACAGAGUAUGAAGUCAUCUCAACCACCAAUGGACCUGACGGUGAGAAAGUUUCCAUUUUGACCACCGACCAGACGCAUACAGCAGUGGAAAACCUCAAACCUGAAAGCAGUUAUGAGUUUAAGGUGACACCAAAGAAUGACUUAGGUGCAGGCCCAUCCAGUGAACCUGUGUCUUUCAACACCGAGUCAGCGGACCCAAGAGUGAGUGAGAACGUUUCAGGAAAGGAUGCCCUCUGGACGCAAUUCCCCUUUAAGGCAGACUCAUACUCCAAUUGUAACGGGAAACAAUACGUCAAGAGAACAUGGUACCGCAAGUUUGUAGGAGUCCAGCUGUGCAAUUCGCUCAGAUACAAGAUCUACUUAAGUGAUUCGCUACAUGGCCAGUUCUACAACAUUGGAGAUGAAAGCGGCUUUGGGGAGGACCACUGCCAGUUUGUCGAUUCCUUCUUGGACGGAAAAACUGGACGACAAGUGAAUGCUGCCCAGCUACCAUCUAGAUCUGGUUUUUAUCGAGCAGUUCGACAGGAGCCCGUACAAUUUGGCCCAAUGGGUGGACAUUCUCACGUCACCUAUGUAUCUUGGUAUGAGUGUGGAACUCCCAUCCCAGGAAAGUGGUAA